AUGGCGAUCGCUUCUCCUUCCAGUCCUACCAUGCCGAACCUGAGUGCCGUACUAGAGCGUCUGGGACUGACUGAAUAUCUUCAACUUCUGCGCGAGAAUGGUUUCUACAGCUGGGAGACGGUUGUCGACAUCACCGAGGAAGACCUUACCGCCUUGAAGUUCAAGUUGGGCCACCGGCGUGCACUGCAGCGUGAGAUUGCUACAUUCCGGGGUUUGCCAUCAUCUCUGUCUCUGGAACCAGAACACAGCUCAUUCGAACCCACCUCUCUCUCGACGUUGGCACUGGAGACUCUCACGAGGCAGACGUCUACCCCGCCACCACGUGAGAAGAGGAAAUAUCGACGACACCCUCGACCAGACAGCAACGCGCCCAAGAAACCAAAGACAGCGUACGUGAACUUUGCGGACCAGCUCCGCACGGAUCCUGAAGUUAGCCAACUCACUUUUGUGAAUAUUGCAAGAGAAGUCGGACGAAGAUGGCAAGAUCUUCCAGCAGAGCAGAAGCGUAUCUGGGAGAGCAAUGCCGCGCGAGCAUUGCAGGAGUUUGAAGCUCAGAUGGACGAGUACAGGAGAACGGAGAACUGGCGCAAAUACCAAGCCUACCUCCAUGACUUCAAGACGCAGCAGUCACAGUCAACGUUCACGGGGAAGCGCCCCGGGAACAGCCGUUCAACAACCGACACCUCUAACAACACGAGGCAAUACUCACGUGCCAGCCCUAGCUCUUCCGAUAGCCCGACUUCUCUACCUUCCAGCUCAUGUAUAGGGAUUGAGGCUGAGACAUGCCACAAUGCUCUCACAUUAGCUUUCAGUGAGUUAGUCACGCUGAGGGGCGAAAUUCUCAACCAGGGACCACGUCCCUACGACGAACAUCAUCUACCGUCAGAAGACUUAGUCCGCCGGGCGAUGUAUGCUUUCAUUGUCGGGACCGGAUCACUCCUGUUCAUGUGGACGUAUGAGCAGGCUGAUGAAAUACUGGACCGCAUUUACAGGCCGCGGAAACCGGUAGAUGCCAUGACUCUUGCCGAAUGCUUCACAGUUGCUGCCAUGGGUGCCCACUACGACAUGGAGUGCUUCCCUGACCGGAUACGACAGGUUUUGUACGCAUCUGGGUCUCUUCAUUUCCACGAGCAGACCGCACGACAGGAUUAUCUCCGAACAAUGCGUCUGCUACUUUCCAUGUCUUUUUAUGCGCUUCUUGAGAAGCACAUGAGUGCAAGAUAUCUGAUUGCGGCUGGACUCCAGAUCGCUCGCUGGAAGUGUCCGCCCUUGCGCAACCCCAGCCAGAUGAGCAUGGACGAAAAUUGGAGAAAGAUAUUCCGGAGCUUAAUCUUCGUUGAUUGCUGGCUGUCCUACACACUGGGAUAUGCAUCCGAAGUUACUUCUAGCGAUAUACAGAUCGUUAGCAGCUUUCACCGUCUAGACUGCAUUCCAAUAGAUGAACUCAUUCACACACAGACGAGCAAAAUCACCCUAAUCGCUGCUGACAUUGCAAAGACGUUGGCCUCUCCAGAGCUUGCUACCAGGGAGAACAUCGCAAUACUCAAUCAGAAGCUCGACGGUUGGCGCAUACAAGUACCACUUACCCUGCAAAUUCCGGCCCUUACGUCACCCAAUCCACCAGACCUAACACUAUACCAACGACGAGCGAUUCUCAUGGUCCACAUCAUGUACCUCGGUGCUCUCGUCCUAUUAUACCGUCAACUCCUAGUCGCAACAGCCGAAAGUCAACUAACAGACGGCGCUGCACACAACUCCAACUUUGCCCUAUCCGACGCCCGGAUCUAUCGCAACGAAUGCGCUGUAGCAGCCCAGCAAAUCGCCCGCAUCCUAGCGCUCAUUUCCUUUGACGGUACACUAACAAAACGCUGUUGGAUCAUCAUCUACUGGGCUUUUUCCGCAGCAGUCGUCCUUCUCUUCAGCGCAACCACCAAACUCCUCGAAGGCCAACCAAAUAGCGUAGAUGCAGACCUUGAUUACGCGAAAGCUUGUAUGGACAUGCUUGAACCCUGUCGCGCCUUCGAGCCCGUAGCAGCACGGUACCUGGAUACGCUUUGGCCUUUGUACGACUCGUUGCGAGAUGUGCACCAGAAGAUACUCGGGAGGUCAAAGACUAGCAUUUUCGCCCUCAUCCAAGCAGAUCCUUCCACCAUGAGCCCCCAGAUGGCCGUGUCAAAGCAAGACAUGGGUCCGAUUGCUGAAAAGCUGAGUUUGCUGCUUACGGAUCCUUUCGGGAGGAAGCAGAGUUUGUCUGAUGGGAGUAUGAGGAGGUCUCUGAAUGCUGAUGGCUCCUACUCGGUGUUCUGGUGGAAGUGA